AUGACUCGCCCCAGCUCAUUGUCUUCAAACGACUCUUAUCAACUUGCUCAGCUGGCGGUACUCGUCAUUUCUGGAUUAAGGUCUAGCACUGAAUCUUGGUCCACUAUCGACAAAUGCGAAAAGACAACACAACACUGGAACUUGCUCUUCUUUUGCAACCGGCUCAUCACAAUCACCAAGAGUUCAUGUGCUUCCGUACGCCUUGCACUUCUAUAUCUUUUUCGUUUACGAGUUACGGUUCCCCUUGACAAAGCACCAUGGACAUGGAAGGAUACUCGGCUUUUUACGGUGGUUUUGAUGCUUGCGUCUAAAUUCUUAGAGGAUACAACAUACGACUCCAAGGCAUGGGCAGAAUAUAGCAAGAUUCCUUUAUCCGAUCUCAACAAGGUGGAACGUGAAAUGAUGUUCAUUCUUGACUACAAGCUUCAUGUAUCACAAGACUACUAUCUUGAAUGGGUCAAACAUUGUGAAAUGCUGAUGCAUGCACAAUCUGCAGACGAUGCGACAAACGACGACGUAUCCAAGCAACACCGCAUCAACAAGUCCGAAUCAUCCAUUCAUGCAUCAUCAUCACCAUCAUCACCAUCUACUCUUUCACCACUCGUCUCUUCAAUGAAUGCCAUCAGAAUCAGCGGAACAAAACGUUCUCAUCAUUCCAUCACUGCUGACGAUGAUAAAGAUGCUUUACCACCUGCAUUGAAACGCCAAAGCGUGAAACAACAACAACAACAGCAACCCAUCAUGCCAAGAAGCAAUACAACAACGACAACGACAUCUACACCCAUCACCAAUGAAAAGACACUAUCACCAGCAAACAGCCUUGUGAAACGAUCGGCAUGUGAUAGUGCGGUGGCAUUACCAUCAGCCAAGCGACGUGCACAACAUCUUGGUCCUUCUAUUACGCAAUCACUCCGAAUGUUGACUAUCGUUUGA